AUGUCCACCUCGACGGAAGAAGCGGACGCUGCGAUGUCGCCAGCUCCAGCCAAAUCGCCUACGAGCCUCCUCGACCUCCCCGACGAACUCCUCGCCCGCAUCUUCGAGUUCACCACGCGGGACAAACGCCUCUGGCUACCACGACCGAAAGGAGCAUCGAGGCAGGACAUCGACAUGCUCAAUCCCGUCAGGCUCAACCGACGCAUCCGCCGGAUUUGUCGUCCAUCCGUCUUGCGCGUAACCAUCCCGCACGACGACGAUGGCGUCAGGCUCGCACGCAUCCUAGCCGAUCGGGAAUCCCGUUGCUCGGUUGUCGAUCUCGCUAUAGCAUUAUACGGCACGGCCAGACUCCCGUUCGUCUCCCUCGCCGGCUUCACCAACAUUCGCACACUCGAAAUCGUCUUCAACACCCUGUCACCCGAGAUCCUCAUGGGUCUGUCGAGCCUCUCGCACCUCGUCAGUCUCGAGCUCUUGGGAGGCAACCUUUCGUAUCGGGAUGCGGAUGCGGAAGAGCCGCUCGACCUGAGACUCGCAGGAUCCGUUCGACGACUCGUGGUCUCGCGAUGGGAGUGGUCUGUUUAUGCAGAAGGCAAUCCGCGUGAUGCAGUCAUUGGCUUAGGCCAGCUUGAGACGCUCGAUGUCAAGGUCAACGAGCGAUUUGCCCUGGACGAUACCCUCCCCUGGCGGACCUUGCGGGAACUUGCGGUACGAUCGGAGCCGAGCUUGCAGGCGGGUGUCGAGGACUUUUUAGACGGGCUUGAUGCCGCCUGCACAGCGAAUACGCCGUCUCGUCUUCCCCUUCGGCGUCUCACUCUCGACUUUCCCCUUGCAAAACGUCCACAAGAUGGAUUCAGCCACGUCGAGCUUGUCAAGGUUCUCUCGUCACUCGCACAGACCGAUGUCGAGGAGCUUGCAUUGCAACGCCUUCCUCUCAUCCUCGCCGACGAAGAAGCGCUGAGCCUCCCAUCGGUCGAAUGGCUUGCUCUUCACGAGCUCGAAUAUACCGUCGAGGGCGACGAAUGGCAACGUACGGCACUGGGCGACUUGCCGACCAUCCUGUCUUUCUUCCCAAAUCUUCGCCGACUCGACGUGGAGAAGGCCGAGGACAGUAAUCCGUGGCCCUACCAGGCUGUCGACAACCUGGAGUGCGCGCGCGACUUUCCCACCUUCUUCGCGUUGCUGUAUCUCUUGGCAUGUCAGACCGAGGUUACAGAGAUCCGGAUUCACGAGGACCGUUACUCCCGCGAGGUGCGGUGGACCAGGGAACCGGAGGAAACGGAAUGGAGUUGCGAGCAGUACGAGCUGGAAACCUGGUAG